AACAAAACAAACAACUAGCAAAAAGAUGUUUCAGUGGCAUGUACAAAAUAAUAUGUAUUUUUUUUAUAUGUUAAUUUAUGUUUAUUUAACCUUUAAAUAAAAUUAUUUUUAUAUUAUAAUGAUAUGAGAGAUUAAUUGUCUGGAGUCCAGGUGGUGGUGCUAGAUCCAUUAGCUGUGGUUCUCCAAACCCCAAACAGAGCAGAGAAGAAGCUGCGGAGCUGGUGUUCCUGCGGUUCUGCAGUGUUGGAGAGAGGGGUUAGAGGGGAUUGCAGAAAGAUACAAUGUCCAGUUUGGAGUCGUGUCCUUCUCCAGACGUUCCUUCAAGGCUGAAAUCUGUCUCCCCAGACACGUCAGAAGAUGCUCCCAACAAGGAGUUCACUGAUCUUUUUAAAAAUGAGGAAAUUAAAUGUGAGAAUAUGGAGUCCAGAGUAAGCUCCAGUUUUCCACAGGCCAUCUCUGGGACUGCUGAUCCUGACCAGCCUCACAUAAGAAAGCGGAGAAAUCGAGGGAAGGAGAGAACCCACCACUGUUCUGUGUGCAGUAAGAGCUUUAACCAGCUGUGUCACCUGCGGGUUCACCAGCGCAUCCACACAGGGGAGAAGCCCUUCACCUGCGCGGAGUGUGGGAUGAGUUUCAGAGAAAACGGUACCCUCAAAAAGCAUGAGCGUGUUCACACCGGAGAGAGGCCGUUCUCCUGCUCCGAGUGCAGCAAGAGCUUCAAUCAGCAGAGCACUCUUCAGAAACACCAGCGCAUCCACUCAGAGGAGGAGCCAUACCACUGCACCUGCUGCGGCAAGAACUUUAAACAGCACAGCAGUCUUCAGCUGCAUCUGUACAGCCACAUAGACGAGAAGCCUUACAGCUGCUCCGAGUGCGGGAAGGGUUUUACUGUACACGGCAGUCUGCUGAGACACCAGCGCAUUCACACCGGAGAGAAGCCGUACUACUGCUCCGUGUGUGGACGGAGCUUCAGACAUUCCAAUACUUUAAAGAAGCACAAAUGUUUUAAGGCAGAGCCGGAGAAAACAGUGGUGCGCAGUUUGGAGUCACCUCCAGCUCAAGAUGUCCACAUUCCUACAGAUUUGAAAUCUGCCUCAAUGGACACAUUAUUAGACGCCCCCAGUGAGGAAUACGCCACGCUUUUUAAAAUCGUGGAGAUUAAAUGUGAGAAUGUGGAGUCAACAUUGAGCUCCAGCACUCUUCCUCCAUCUCCUGAGACUAUUAAUUCAAACUCACGUUCCAGAAAAGCUCAGAAGAGCACGGUGAAGAAGAGAUCUCACCACUGCUGUGUGUGCGGUAAGAGCUUUCUUCAGCUGUGUCACCUCCAGGUGCACCAGCGCAUUCACACCGGAGAGAAGCCCUACACCUGCACAGACUGCGGGGCCAGAUUUAACCUGCAGAGUAAUCUUCAGAAACACCAGCGCAUUCACACCGGAGAGAAACCGUACACCUGUGAGGAGUGCGGGAAGAGUUUCAGAGAGAGAGGAACCCUGAAGAAACACGAGCGAGUUCACACCGGAGAGAAACCGUAUCUCUGCUCACAGUGUGGGAGGAGCUUCAAUCACCAGAGCAGUUUUCAGAUACACCUACGGAUUCACACCGGUGAGAAGCCGUUUAAGUGCCCGGUGUGCGGCAAACAUUUCAGAGACAGAGGAACACUCAAAAAACACAAGUACAUUCACACGGAGGAGAAACCCUAUCACUGCUCAGAGUGUGGGAGGAGUUUUAAUCAGCCGGGUACUCUGCAGAAACACCAGCGCACUCACACGGGAGAGAAGCCGUACCUCUGCACCUGCUGCGGGAAGAGUUUCAAACAGUCCACUGGCCUUCAGGUGCAUCUGUACAGCCACACAGAGGAGAAGCCGUUCCGCUGCUCGGACUGUGGAAAGGGUUUUGCUCUGCAGUGCAGCCUCCAGAGACACCAGCUCGUUCACACCGGAGAGAAACCCUUUACCUGCUCCGAGUGUGGGCGGAGCUUCAGACAUUCCAAUACUUUAAAGAAGCACAAGUGUGUUAAGAAGGGAAGGAUUCGUGACUCAAAACUUUAAAGAAAUUCAUGUUGCGUGAGAAGUAUAUACUUUAUGCUCAGAAGUAAUUAAUGAAUUAAUGAAUUGUCAGUGCCUGGUUGCAAACAACACUUUGGAUCAAUUGUACUGGACUGGGAUUAAACCUAGCUAUGUCUAUGGCAAGGCUUAAUCCCUGUCUGAAAAACCGACCACUAAUGUUUUCCCCUUAAAAAAAGACCUUAAAGAAAGUCAUACUUAGGUGCCAUGCAUACAAACCCUUAGACAUUUUUACUUAACUAAAGUAAAACAGUAAGAGAUUUACUGUGGUAAAGUUAAACUGUAAGCAUAACUAACGACUUGUGAAGAGAAAAAAAAACAUCUUUCUGUGAACAUCACUGUUUUUUCCAACUUUUAAAUCUACAGCUACUUCCUACAGAAGAGUAUGUUUCAGAAAUUUAAAAUAGAAAAAUAGAACAUACACACUGUAUGUCCUAGCAAGUGUUAGAGCAUACAGAGGAUGGAAGAUGAGAGCGUGCUCUGGCUCUUCUCUCCCUUACAACCAUCGUUGAUUUGGCCUCUUUGGUCCAACCAGAAACUGUAAAAAAGAUGGACGCCGUGUCACUGUUUCCAUUCAUUCAAUGAAAAUUAAGCCAAAAUCUUCAGCCAUGUUGGCGAUCCUGAAACCCGAGUCUGCGCAGUAGAGACCAGAGGAGGGAGAAAGACUGUGGAGAGACAGCCUACUCAUUUAAAUAACCCCGCCCCUGAGGGCUGCCUCCACAGAGCUAUACACAGUCUAUUGUCCCACCCAUACAGUCAUUGGUCCCACCCCGGCUAGGUGUAACUUAGCCCUUUUACAAUAACCACACCUUUCUGAAUAGAGCUUAAUAACGUUUUUAAAAAUGAAUUAUGUGGGGAUAUAAAAAUUAGACAAUAUAAGCAGAGGUUACACUAGCUGCUGAAUUUAAAUAAUGGAGGUAGAAUUACAGUAUAUUAGAAAAAAAACGUGAAUGAAAGUUGUCUGUUUUGCCGUUGAAACCUAUGGGGAUGGGUGGGGUUACACAGCUUUCUGCAACCGAACAGCAGGGGAGAGACGUCUUUGAGAGAUGAUGCUCUGUCCAGCUAUACACAGUCUAUGGGUCCAACCAUGUAAAUUUACCAAGUAUUUUUAUGAAUUUCUUCCCAAAGUUUAAUGAAGGUUGACAACAGCAGAACCCUGACCAAUCACAAGGCUAACAUAGCUCCGCCCUCUCUUCGAGUCUGAGCAAUCUGAACCAGUGAGGUGUUUAUCCAGAGUUCUUUUAUUGCAUAUCCUGUGCAAAAUGCAACCCCAAUUCAAAGAAAAAGGUGUAUUAUUAUACAAAAAUAUAUAUUAUAAUGGUUUUUAGGGUUUAUGACCAGGUCCUUUAAGCUUUUUUCUACAACUCACUUAUUUUUAAAGGAAAGGUAAAGAUUUUUUUUUUAAUAAAAAAUGUUAUUGUGUUUUAUGCAACCAGGCACAGGGUUUUACUGAAGAUGCAUUCAGUUUCUGUUUGUUUGUGGGUCUUUCUGCUAUGGUUUUGUCUAAAAGCUGGUUAGAUGGCUGACAUUAGGAAUAUUACAUUUCUUUGCUUCACUUUGCCUUUACAGAGAAUCAUGGUACCGUACAGUUUCAGCAUUGACAAUGAUCCAUCUACCUCCUUUACAGUGUUUUUAAAUCACAUUUUAAAUCUGGAAUCAACUCCAGAUCAUCUUAAUUUACACAGAAAUACGGCAGGAACAGGCCACACCUGACCAUAUAACUGUAUAACUACAUAUCAAUGAUUUGUGAACUUCCUUUUAAGGCUGUAAAAAUAUGGUACAAAAACUGUGUAAAAAAUGGUAGUAAUUCCUCAACAGACAAUGCACUAUAUUAGAAACUCUUUGAAUUACAGCUUAAACCCCGCACUUAUAUCACAUCUUGUUGUUGGGAAAGUGCACAUUCUCUUUUGAGGCCUGAAACAGUUGAAUGUUUAGCCUGAAAUUCUGGGUAUUUGUCCAGGCAUUUCUCAGAAUAGACAGUAGGGAGCAGCAGAGCUAAGAUAUAAAGCAGAGAGUUGUAAUUUUUGCACCUUUCACUUUUUAUUACUUUAUUUUAUUUUUUUCUGUUCUGUAUAACUAAGGUUAUCAAGACACCUUUUACAGUUAAUGCAAUUGCAAAUUCAGCUGGUUUAAGGUGCACCCACUGCUGACACAGUUUCUAUAAUCUCCACAGGAAGUGGUGGGUGUUUAUGAUGUGACGCCUCCUGGUGGCAGGAUUACACAGGAAAACAGAGACACUACAUUAAAUAUUAAAUAUGACAUGCUUUCCUGCUUGUAUCGUUGUCUCAGAAUCAAUAAAUCAGUGUCUUUGUAAAUGGCAUGGUAAUGGUAUACAGAUACAGUCAUUGCACAACACCAAU